CCGGUCGGCUACUUCACACUACGGUACUUGUAUCACUAUUCGUUGAGUGCAUGGUCCGUGACUUCUCGGCCGUUCAGCGACCACUGAAGCCGGCAUGUCGUUUCUGGAUCAACCCUGGUGUCCCACCAGCGUCCAGGUGACCGUGCUUCAAGCCCGGGGCCUCAGAGCGAAGGGCAAAGGCGGCACCAAUGACGCCUACGCGCUCAUGCAAGUGGGCAAAGACAAGUACCAGACGUCCGUGGUGGAGAAGAGCGUGGCGCCCGUCUGGAAGGAGGAAGCCGCCUUCGAGCUGUCGCAGCAAGGCGCCGGAGGAGAGCGAGGCACGCUGCACGUCCACGUCCUCCACCGAGCCUUGGUGGGUCUGGACAAGCUGCUGGGUCAGGCAGUCAUCGAUCUGCAUUUACUCAGUCAGGAUAAGAACCGAAGCAAAACCGAGUGGUUCAAGUUACUAGACAAGAACGGCAAGGCGGACAAAGACCGAGGCGAGGUACUGGUAGACAUCCAGUUCAUGAGGAAUAACAUGACUGCUAGCAUGUUCGACCUCUCUGCUGUCGGCAAAUCUCGAUCCCGCCUUGGCAAGCUCAAGGACAAAGUUCGGGGCAAGAAAAAAGAACCGGAUGCGGCGUCUCCGUCAUUAUCGCAGGUUCUCACGGACAGCGAGGAAGAAGAAGAGGGGGAUGAAGGCAAGGCGCCUGCAGGCAAAGAGAAGAAGAAACUUAAAAUUAAGUCUUUGUUUUCUCACAAGUCCAACCUGCAGAGGAACCUGUCACAAUCCAUGACCAUCCUACCUGACAAGAACUCCACACUCAGUGGCAGCUUGUCAUCUGGACUUAAUGUAGAUACCUCUGAAGGUAAGAAGAAGUUCAAAUUCAUGAAGCACAAACACUCUGACAGCUCAGACAGCAGGGGGUCCUCUCAGAAGCACGCCACUCUGGAGAAAAGCAACCUGUGUAUCAAUGGAAGUCACGUUUACUGUGAGGAACCGCCGCCUCGCACCUCUCGGGUGGGCUCCAACUUCAGUCUGGCCAGUUCGGGACAUGGGUCUAUGGAAGAUGUUCCGGAAAGCUCCCCGCCGUCGGUCGACUCGUUACCAGUCAUUAGACAAUACACCCCCUGGGAGGAGGAGGAGGAAGAGGAGGAGGAGGAGGAAGAAGAUGAGAAGAUGAAACAAAGAAGAGAGCUGGAUGGGUUGCCUGAAAAAGAAGAGGGGCUGAAUGAACAGAAAAGGAGAGAAGAGCAGGAAAAAGCUGAAAAGGAGGAGAGGAAGAUGAGACAAGAAGAAUUAAGAAGGCAAGAACUAGAAAGAGUUGAAAAGUUGAAGGAAGAAGAAAAGAUAAGAAAGGAAGAAGAAAGAACACAAGAACUUGAAAGGUUAGAAAAAGAAAGGAUGAGAUUAGAGGAAGAAAGGAAAAAGGAAGAGAAAGCAAGAAAGGAUGAAGAGUUAGCAAGACAAAAAGAGAGGGAAAGAGUAGCAGAGGAAAUGAGAUUGAAGGAAGAAGCCGAGAGGUUGAGAACACUUGAACUACAAAGGUUAGAAGCGGAAAAGAUGAGACUGGAGGAAGAAAAGAGAAAGGAGGAAGAGAAAGCAAGACAGGAGGAAGAGAAGAGAAGGCAGGAAGAGGAAGAACGGGUAGCACUGGAAAAGAGACUGGAGGAAGAAAAGAGAAAAAGAGAAGAAGCGGAACGGUUGAGAAGACUUGAACGGGAAAGACUGCAAGCAGAAAAGAUGCGACUGGAGGAAGAAGAGAGAAAAAGGGUUGAAGAAAAGAGGAGGCAAGAAGAGGAACGACUAGUUUUAGAAAAGAGACUGAAGGAGGAAGAGAGGAAAAGAGAAGAAACAGAACGGUUGAGAAGACUCGAACUGGAAAGACUGGAAGCGGAAAAGCUGCGACUGGAAGAAGAAGAGAGAAGAAGAGUUGAAGAGGAGGAACGAUUAGCUCUAGAAAAGAGACUGAAGGAGGAAGAGAGGAAAAGAGAAGAAACAGAACGGUUGAGAAGACUCGAACUGGAAAGACUGGAAGCAGAAAAGCUGCGACUGGAAGAAGAGAGAAGAAGAGUUGAAGAGAAGAGAAAGCAAGAAGAGGAGGAACGAUUAGCUCUAGAAAAGAGACUGAAGGAGGAAGAGAGAAAAAGAGAAGAAACAGAACGGUUGAGAAGACUCGAACUGGAAAGACUGGAAGCAGAAAAGCUGCGACUGGAAGAAGAAGAGGGAAGAAGAGUUGAAGAGAAGAGAAGGCAAGAAGAGGAGGAACAAUUAGCUCUAGAAAAGAGACUGAAGGAGGAAGAGAGGAAAAGAGAAGAAACAGAACGGUUGAGAAGACUCGAACUGGAAAGACUGGAAGCGGAAAAGCUGCGACUGGAAGAAGAAGAGAGAAGAAGAGUUGAAGAGGAGGAACGAUUAGCUCUAGAAAAGAGACUGGAGGAAGAAGAGAGGAAACGAGAGGAAACAGAACGGUUGGGAAGACUCCAACUGGAAAGACUGGAAGCGGAAAAGCUGCGACUGAAAGAAGAAGAGAGAAGAGUUGAAGAGAAGAGACGGCAAGAAAAGGAGGAACGAUUAGCUCUGGAAAAGAGACUGGAGGAGGAAGAGAGGAAAAGAGAAGAAACCGAACGGUUGAGAAGACUGGAACUGGAACAACUGGGAGCAGAAAAGCUGCGACUGGAAGAAGAGAGAAGAAGAGUUGAAGAAGAGGAACGAUUAGCUCUAGAAAAGAGACUGGAGGAAGAAGAGAGGAAAAGAGAGGAAGCGGAACGGUUGAGAAAACUCGAACUGGAAAGAUUAGAGGAAGAAAAGCUGAGGCUAGAGGAAGAGAGAAAAAAGCGAGAAGAGACAGAACGAUUAGCGGAAGAGCAGAGGAACAGAAAACUUGAACUGGAGAGAUUAAAGAAGGAAAAGAUGAUGCUGGAGGAAGAAAAGAAGAGAGUGGAAGAGAAGGCGAGAAAGAAGGAAGAGGAGCGAGUGAGAAGACGAGAAGAGCAGAAACGUCUUGCGGAGGAACAGCGGCGACUUAAAGAAGAUGAGAGGAGAAGAAAUGAAGAGAAAGCGAGAAAAGAGGAAGAAGAGCAGGAACGGUUAGCUGAGGAAGAGCGGAAAAAUAACAAAGAGAAGAUGAGAAAAGAGGAAGCGGAGAAGAUGAGAAAAGAAGAGCAGGAACCGAAGAAAAGACCAGCGCAAUUAGAAGACAAAAGGAAGAAAGAGGAACGUACCAUCAAGGAUAUAUCUCAAGAGACAAAGAUGAAUGAAGAAAAGCUUGAAGAGCAACAAAGAGAAGCGGAAAAGAGAAAGCCUGCUAAAGAGGAGGAACACAGAAGGUCUGAAGAUUCAAGGACACAAGACGUCCAGCAGUUGAUGGAUGAAGCAUGUGAGGAAAGAAGGAAUGAAAAUCUAAGCGCUGUUGUUCAAAAUACACAAAUUCAUUCCUUGAAUCCAUUUGAUGAAGGCUUGCCUCACAAUCCCUUUGACGGCGAUGUUCCCAACUCACUUUUUAGGUCAAAGAACAGAACUUCUGAUCAGACGUUCUCAAAAAGUUGCCCAUCAGCUGAACCGUCAUCGGUAAGCAACAAUGUUGCCACUGAUAAAAAGAACACUCCAGUUAGUCAACGUGAGAAGCGACCAGCCCCUCAGCCUCCAGGAAAGACUCGACCGGACGUCCCUGAUGACCCUUUAGUGCAUUCGAAGCCAAUUCCGGAUCCUCUCAAAGAGAAGGAGUUGAAAACUGUCAGUAUUUCACAAAAGCACUCAGUGCAGACUAUCUCUCCUCAGAGCAAUGAGCAAAAAGGUGUUGCCGCCAAACACACUAAACGCCUUGCUCCAUCAAUACCAAGUACUGAAUCCAAAACUGUCCCAGUUGUGUACAGUUUAAAUCCAUUUGAUGAUGACGAUGAUGGGAAUGAGUACACGACACAAGAUCACACUUUUGUGUCACAAACUCCCAAUGCAGACGCCACCGCACAAAGCAAGGUCAAAUCUUCAAAAGUGGCCCGCGCACCUGCCCCUCCUCCAAAAAAUGCUGUUCUAUCAAGAACGCCAAGCCUACAAAGCGGUGAUCCGGCUCCUGCUGCACGCGGUCAUACUGAAACUCCAGCAUCCGAGGCCGGUAAGGCUUUGGCGUGCCAGGAGAAUCCACCGAAAGAGCCUAAGCCGGAGGCAGGCGGAAAGAAGGAAGCACCUCCAGCACCUCUGCGCAGACUACAGCCUGUGAAACCGCUCAGCCAGGAACUGCAUCCUUCCAUCGAGACCCAAAAUGAAAAAGAUAAGUCAACUCUUGAUCAUUCUGAGGAGAUCAAGGUAUCUGUAAGCAAGGAGAAAGGGCCUUACUCUAUGCUCACCCGGGAGGAACUCAUAUCUCUGGUGGAAAAGCAGGAGAAGCAGCUGCAAAAUAAGGAUAAAAGGAUAGCAGAGCUAGAGCAAUACAUCGACAACUUACUAGUACGUGUCAUGGAGGAGCAACCGAGCAUUCUCAUGUCUAUGAAAAAAGUUGUCUAGGUGGCUUUUUCUUAUUUUGCUUUUCGCUACACUCAAAGAUAAGUAUACAUUUUCUAAAUAUUAAAGACAUUCCUGUUAAUUUUGCUACAAAUGAACAGUGCAUAUAUUGUCAGAGCGAUCUUAGACUGUAUUAAAUACUGGCAAGGUAAUUACUGUUUUAAUUGCAAAAGAAAAACUGAGGAAAUGGAUGCUAUCUUUCAGAAACGGUUGCCUUUUUAUGAUUCAAUCUAUGCAUUUGUUACAUUUAUACGUCUUCUUGCACUGAUUGAAUGUUUACAUAAUGAUGAAAAAAGCACUUUACUCUGCUUACUUUCUACACUGAUUGCGAUUUACUGUUGACUGAUGCACAACUAAAUAAAAAUGCCAAAUUGCGUUUUUCUCUUUGCUACCCUCUUUGCAUGUGCAAAAAAUGGUUUAUUAAGUGUAAAACAUUUUGUGUGCACUUGUUGAAUCUUUCAAGUGUCCAUUACCAAGAAUGUUAAAAAAUAAAGUAUAUUUUCGACAAUUUGCUGUAUGCUUUUUUCACAAA